GAAGAUUUUUGAACUUGUGGUGUAAAAUGAGGCACAUGUAUUUUAUCUGGCUAUAAUUUAUUACAUAAAGGUUAACUGUUUCGAAAUAUGGAAAAAAGUCAUUCUUUUUUACACAGACUGAAAAGGAAAUAGGUUCACAUAAAUUGAAAUACAGGGACUAUACGAUUUCUCUUUGUAGAAUUUUUUUAUAUUUUGAAGUGAUAUUGACAGUAGAAUAAUCCUAUGAAAUUUGAGUAAAGAGAUCAAAUGUAAAAUAAAAUAAAAAGAUCAUUAUCAUUGGGAAAAAAGAAAAAGAAAAACAAGAAGGAAGAAGAGGAAUAAACUAGCAGGUGAAAGAACGAAAAAAAAAAGAAAAAAAACAAGAAGGAAGAAGAAGAAUAAACGAAACUCCACCAACAAUUGAACCCACUGACCAUCCAUCCACGAGAUUAUUUUGUUCUUUAGUGGAUUCAAAUCCUUCAUAUAUUAGAAUUUAUAGAAUUUAACCUAUAGAAAACACCGGAAUUUGUCGGCGAAGUGGGUUCAUUUGAUCCCACUUGACCCUACGUGGAUCCGCCCCUGCCCACAAAUAUGGAAGGAACCCUCAAUGAAUUCGCAAUUACUGCCACAAAAAAGUGGCCGCCCUCGCCCUUUCAAGAUAAGGGCGCAACAGAGUGUAUUCAGUGCCAGAGGACGGAGGAGAAACAUGGUUUUGUAGAUGACAUAGUAUUCGAGAUACUAACACGGCUUCUAGCUAAAUCUCUCAUGCGAUUCAAGUGUGUUUCUAAAGCUUGGAACAGUUUGAUACGACAGGAUUCCAACUUUUUCAAGUGGCACAAUGCUCGUUCUCAAGCCCGUCCCUCAGCCACCCGCCUCUUAUUUGAAAUUGUAAUAGACUAUCGUGCAGUUGUAGAAAGCACUUCUAAUUUCUCAACACAACUAGAAGGAUUAUCUUUACAACUCAUGGAUCCUCAUCAUUAUUUCGGCUCAAGAGAGAUUUUUAUUUGCUCAAAUCAUUGCAAUGGCCUCGUUUGUCUCUAUAGCUAUUUAGAUACUCAAGUUUACUUGUAUAACACCACCACAAGGGAGAUAAAAGCUUUGCCAUUCUCGCUGAGCAAUCCGAAAGGAUUGAGUCCUAGGUUGUUUUUGGGAUUUGAUCUGAAUACGGAGAAAUACAAAUUGCUUCAUGUUAAUAAACAACAUAAGAUCGAGAUUCUAACUCUAGGAACCAAUUCUUGGAUAAGAAUCGACGAAAAGUGUCAAAACUACUCCCGUAUAUGUUAUUCUGACUAUUGUAUCUUCCUCAAUGGGAUGCUUUAUUGGAUUGAUGAUAUACCAGAUACCAUCACCUACUUCAACUUCAUAGAGGAAAAGUUUGGAACUAUUUCACUCCCACAAUGGAAUUGUUUCCAUAUACUGAAUAAAAUGCAAAUUGCAUUGUCGGGAAAGCUGGUUAUUUAUCAGUUGGGAAUUAAUCAAGAGUGCUAUUUUGUAUACCAUGAGGUCAACAAGUUUUUUGUGGAAUCUUAUAUUCCCGAUUUGGAGAAUAAGGUUGUCUUGCUUGAAGCAGAAAACAUUGACAAGAUAACACAUUAUCCAAAGUAAUUUUAGCAACAUCGAGCUUUAUUAGCGCCUCAACGUCUUUGGUGUUCCCAGAUCAUUUUAAGUUAAGACAUGUUAGCAGUUUUGUUGAGAACAUUAUCCCAUUAACAUUUAUUGAAGUUUAGUUUCGUGUUU